AUGGUGGUGGUGGUGACCGACGAUGGUGAUAAAGAGUGGUCAAUGUUCUUGAGUCUGUACAUUCAUAAAGAUGUUCACUAUCAUGAUCCAACCAACAGUAGGGGUGAAAUAAAAAGAAAAAUCUUUGCUUGGAAGGACAUGUUUGAACUGAAAGCGACAUGGAACGAAGUGGCGAACACCUUCUCUCUGGCCUCUGUGCAGCCCAUAUGUUGA